AUGGAUACGUUCAUUGAUGGGCGCUUCGAGCGCCUGGAAAAGGCACUCGCGGGCCUCAUCGACUCCGUCACCAAGUACCAUCCUUCGAUGAUCCAGGCUGAGGAGCUCGUAGCUGCGGAUGCAGAACUCGCAAAGGGUCUUGAGCAAGAGAUUUCACUGACGUUUUGUACGACAGUGCAAGCCCACCAAAACAACUACGUGAGAAUACUCGAAUUACGGCAAGCGUCGGCUAGCCUCGACACGCAAAUACGCGACACCUUAACAAGUCUCGCCAACGCUCGCCGAGAUAUUGUCAACACCCCUACUACAAAAUUUCCGUCCGGCCCCAAUUACCCCAUCGCUUAUUCAGAACUACUCAGCUAUGCGCGGCGCAUCAGCAAGAUGACAAUGCCGCCGGCGGCCACGAUAAACGCAUCGGUUGCUCCUUCUGGCUUGCAAAGCCCUACCGCUGGUGAAUCAUCACAGGCUGUCACACCCGCGGCGACGACCCCCGCGGCCGGCGCGACACCAGCUACCAGUACACCACUACCAACGCAAAGCCCCGCCGCUCUCAAUGGCGUAGGCGGUGCGCAUGGCGCCGGCGCACAGCAGUCUCAACAGGUGCAGGGAAGCUCCUCGGGGCCCUCACUGCUGACGAGCCUACCCGAGCCCAUGACGCAGUGGCUGAACCCGCUCUCAGGGCAGGUCUUCUUCCCAUGGCCGCAAGAGGACAAGAUUCGAUCCGGAUCGCUCGCGGCCAACCAGAUCCUCGUCGAGGCAGGCAUCAAUCCGCGGGGGUACGACCCCGUCGCGGAGGAAGAGCGCAAGAAGAAGGAGGAGGCAGAACGCAAGGAGCGCGAAGAGCAAGAGGCACGAGAGCAGGAGGAACGCGACAGAAUCUUGCGCGAGGAGAGAGAAAGAGUGCGGCAGGAGCGUGAGCGCCAGAGGGAAAAGGAGCAAGAAGAAUGGCGCAGGGCGAGCGUUGCCGCGGGCACGGCAGACGCACCAGGCAGUGCGCUGCCCAAGGGUCCCGAGAAGAAGCAGUUCCAGUUCACAAAUUUGGACGAUCUGGAUGAUGACGAUGACGAUGACUAG